AUGCGGGACUUGAAAGAACUGCAAAGUCGAAACAGAAUUUUGGUUUUAAACACUUUCCUCCACCAAGUCCAAAAAGAGGCGCGCCAGAAGUUCAACGCUGCGAAAGCUUCAGCAGCAGAGCAGCAAAGUGAAGAAAACAAAAAUGAUUUAAAAAAAGAAAAUGACAGCAGCAAAACAGAAGAAGAAGAAGAAGAAGCAGCAGCAGCAACUUCGAAAGCAGAACCGAAAAACGCGGAUCUCGAUGCAGAAGAAGCAGCAGAAAUCAAAGAGUUGAAAGACAGACACUUCGCCGAGCUGGCAGAGAUGGUGAACGACCAGAAGACGGCCACCAUCGGCCCCCCGCAGAAGCGGGGGGUCUUCUUCGCUGAAGACGCGGCGCCGCUGCAUGCAGAGGAGUCUGGGGCUUUGCAUGCAGCAGCGCAUGCAGCGCAUGCAGAGGACUCUGGGGCUUUGCAUGCAGCAGCGCAUGCAGCGCAUGCAGAGGACUCUGGGGCUUUGCAUGCAGCAGCGCAUGCAGAGGAGUUUGGGGCUUUGCAUGCAGUGGCUGCGUGGCAGCAACGCAUGCGUUCGGGCAGCGCUGCUGCGCUGCUGGCUGCGCGGGAGCAGCAGCAAGUGCUGCAGCAGUUGGAGGCUUUUGCGCGGAGUUUUGCGCAAGUUUUGAAAGAAGAAAAAGAAAGACAAAUAAAGCUUUUGGAAAAUAAAAAAAGCCAAAGACAACAAAGGAGAGAAGCCAAGGGAUUCCACAGACGCAAAAGCUCAAACGCCAAGAGACACACUCGCAGAGGUUCUCGGAAGAGCGUUUUGGACUUCAAGGCUGAGCGGCUGCAGAGCGAAAGGGAAAGGGAGAAAAAACUCAAAGAUGAAAUUCGCGAAAAAGAAGAACAGCAAACCCGCUGGCACCCGGUGUACAGACAGAUCAUUGAAGAGGAGACAAAAGCUGCUGCUUUUGAAGCUUUCAAGGAGACACAAAACAUAAUUCCGCGGGGCCCCACACUUGUGAACAUUGAGAAAGUUUUGAGUUCUUUAGAAGAAGGAUCUUUCAUGCGGAAGGCAGUGGCAAGUUUGGGGCUUUUAGCUGCUGCAUGCGGCCCCCUAGCAGCAGCAGCAGCAGCAGCAGCAGCAGCAGAGACCAGCAGCACCGAGUCCGACGACAGCUCCAUCUCCAGCGGCAGCAGCAACAAGAGCAGCAGGCAGCGCAGCAAGAAGCCGCCGCCCAGCAGCAGCAGCAGCAGCAGCAGCAGCAGUGAGGAAGAAGAAAGCAGCAGCGAGGAAGAAAGCAGCAGCAGCAGCAGCAGCAGCAGCAGCAGCAGCAGCGGCAGCGGCAGCGAAGGCAGCAGUAGCAGCGAGCAAAGCAGCAGCCACACGCAACCAGACAGCCCAACACAACCAACUGCAGCGCAGCAGCAGCAGCAGCAGCAGCAGCAGCAGCUAGCUCGCGGCAGCGUAGGUACAGCCUCAGAGGACUCACAAGAAGCAAAGCCUGCUGCAAAGCAGCAGCAGCAGCAGAGCAGCAGCGGCAGCGGCAGCAGCGACAGCAGCAGCAGCGAUAGCAGCAGCGAAGCCAGUGGCGACACUAGCAGCGAAGAGAGCAGCAGCAGCAGCAGCGGCAGCAGCAGCGGCAGCAGCAGCGGCAGCAGCAGCAGCAGCGGCAGCAGCAGCAGCGCAGAGGGAAGCAGCAGUGAAACAGAGUCAUCGGCCGUUCAACCGCAGCGGGCAGCCGGAGCUCCCGCAGCAGCAGCAGCAGCAACAGCAGCAGCAGCAGCAAACAAGUCAUCUAGCUCCUCCGCCAGCAGCAGCAGCAGCAGCAGCAGCAGCAACAGCAGCAGCUCGUCCGAUGAGGAGACACCACAGCCCUCUGCUCGCGCGCCGCAGCAGCCAGCUCCUGCCCGCAGCAGCAGCAGCAGCAGCAGCAGCAGCAGCAGCAGCGGGAGCAGCAGCAGCAGCUCUGAAGGGCCAGCACGGCAGCAGAGCAGCAGCAGCAACAGCAGCAGCGAAAAUGCGCAGAGCAGCAGCAACAGCAGCAGCUCAUCUGGUGACGACACCAGCAGCAACGGGAGCUCGUGA